UCAGAAGGGAGGGUCAAGGGCUCCAUAGACAGAAUUCAUACUCGCCCUCGGUCAUCAGCGCAGAGGUGGUCUUGGGGAAGACAUUUGAAGCAGAUCUCCCCAUUCAGGAAAUACAAGCGCACAAUUACACGACUCUGUAAGAUCUUUAUUUUUGAAAGCUCUCUCGGUGUGCGAAGCAGGUCAUGGAUACUCUUUUUGACUUGUUAAUGAUGCAUUUUCUCAUCCAUUGCUGUCUUCUCACGCAGGAAUACAGAGAACAAGCCUCCAGAGAUGACGUUAGAGAGGGCCGUGAACCUGUUGAGCCAGGAUGAUGAGGAGAUGCUGAUCUCUGCAGCCAGCUACAUACAAAGCCAAAGUUUCAGGAGUGCUGAUGCUAAAAAGACAGUGUACUACCUCCACGGGAUCCCAAAGCUCCUGGAACUCCUUAACAAUGACAAUGAAGAGGUGCAGCGUGCCACUGCAGGGGCGCUGCGUAAUGUCGUUUACCAGAGCAGCGAAAACAAGAUGGAGGUGAAGGAAAGUGAUGGCUUGGCUACCAUUUUGCUUGCACUGAAGCACAGCCGUGAUGUGGAGACCAGACGACAACUUACUGGUCUUUUGUGGAACCUCUCCUCUCAUGACCUUUUGAAAGAACGUCUCUCCAGAGAGGCUUUAACUGUCCUCACACAGUCGGUCCUGGUGCCAAGUUCAGGCAUUUCUGAGGGCGAAAACCCAAAAGACGAUCUCCUUGCGGAUGCCGAUGUUUUCCACAGUGUUACAGGCUGUUUAAGAAAUCUGAGCUCUGCUGGUCCAGAUAGCAGGAAAGCAAUGAGGGACUGUGAGAAACUUAUUGACUCUCUGGUCUACUACAUCCGGGGAACUAUAGCAGACUACAAGACAGAUGACAAGUCCACAGAGAACUGUGUUUGCAUCCUUCACAAUCUGUCUUAUCAGAUUGAAGCAGAACUUCCCACAAAGCACAUGAGAGAUCUCCGGGAAUCUCGGCAAAACUUGGCUCCUAAACCAAAGACUGUGGGCUGUUUUAGUUAUCGCAGCGCCAAGAUCACAGAGCAUCUGGAGCAACGGGGCCCCCUGCUGGAGGAGAAUGCAAACCCCCAGGGCAUCGAGUGGCUGUGGAGCGCCAUCAUUAUUCGGAUGUACCUGUCACUGUUAGCCCGCAGUGUACGUCACUACACCCAGGAGGCUGCCAUCGGAGCCCUGCAGAACCUCACAGCUGGAAAUGGAGCGGUGACUGAAGCCAUUGCCUUUACUAUUGUUCAACGGGAAAAUGGCCUCCAGCAUGUGAAGAGGAUGUUGCAGGAAGGAGAGAGUGGUAUGAAGAGGACAGCUGUGUCUCUAUUAAAAAACCUCUCUCGCUACCAGGAACUGCUCCCUGACAUCGUCAAGCAGGUGUUGCCAGAGGUGGUGGAGAUGCUCCCCAAUGACGACACCGGUACCGACCUGCCGACUGACGUGACGGCCUCUCUGUGUCACAUCCUCAUUAACCUGAGCCAGAACAGCCUGCAGCACGUCAGAGACAUCGUCAACCAGCGAGCCCUCCCGAGGAUCAUCAACAUCAGCAACAAGGACAAUGGUUAUGGACCCACCAGAGCGGGUCAGGCAGCCUGCGUCCUGCUGCACGCGAUGUGGAAACACAGUGAUCUCCACGAGGUCUUCAAGAAGUGCGGAUACAGGAAAACAGAUUUCAUCAAUGCGAGGACAACAAAGGCUGUGAACUCCAGCUGAGACUGAGCUGAAAAUCUAUUAACACCAAACUGAAGCUGCACUUGUUAACAAUGUCUGCACCUGCGGCCACAAAUCACUCAAUGCACUGUUUGUCCUGUAAUGUAAUAUAAUGGAGUGUCUGCAGAUUCAGAAAAGGAUCAUUCAAUUUUUCCUCUCAACGUUGCACACAUAUGUUUGUGAACAUUUCCCUUAAAGGUCUCAUGAAAUGGUUUUUAAAAUUGUAAGUUUCAGCACUUUUUUUAGUUUUGUUGGCUUUCUUUAUUAGAUUCUGUACAACAGAUAUUUCUAGCCACUGAUGAAGGCACGUUUCCUUAAUGAUACUGAAUUCAAUGUAAAGUAUUAGUUUAUGUUUGUGUAGUUAUUUUUUAUAUUAGUGGCAGCUUGAUGGUUGAAAAUGUGUGUUGUAGCAUUCAGCGUAGUAAUUACACAGAGAACCACAAAAAAUGAGAGAAAUUGUGAAGCAC